UUAAGCAAUGAAUAAUAUAUAAAACGCGUUCUUAACAACAUGCAAUUAUAUAAAUUACAUCCCAGCAAUUUGGUUUGGCAAUGUUAAUCAACCUGGCUGCUGCUUAUGCUUACUUUAAGUGUAACACUUUUUUUUUGGCCAGAAAUAAAAUAAGAGUAAUAGUUGUUUUUGCUUAAAAAAAUAUUGGAGUCGCGUGUAUAUAUAGUAUAAUAGCAUAUAGUAUAAUAUAUAUUAUAUAACAUUUUCGUAUAAUUAGGCUACCAGCUGGUUGCCCGGAUUGUGUAGCCCCUAACGGUCGUGUCUGUUCAAAGGUCGCGUGACCGACUACGUCAUUUCCGCUUGACGACCGCGCGGCGUUUAAGACGGUGUUAAAACUCCAAUGAUUAAUUGAACGCGAUAUUGUUUGUGUCUUCAAAUGUUAUUUACACGUCGUGUAAUUUCAUGAUUUACAGCGUGAUGGAGUCCCCAGUGCCAACACGACAACGUUUCAAAGAAGGGAUUAGCCAUAAGACUAAACCAGAGACAGAUUCCCCACUGCCUCCCAUCUCCGAACGUUUGGCUUAUCUGAGACCAUCACGUGAGCUACUGGAGUUUUACAGACAGAAAUUGGCUCAGUUCGAUGCCGAACACGAUGACCUGCUUCAGCUGCUUGAGAAGUAUAAGAGCACUACAGAGGACCAGCACAAGCUGCAGUGGGAAGUGCGUCAACGAGAAGACGAGAUAGCAGAACUGCAGAAGGCCCUGAGUGACAUGCAGGUGUUCCUCUUCCAGGAGCGAGAGCAGGCUCUUCGUCUGUAUGCAGAGAAUGACCGCCUUAAGAUCAAAGAGCUUGAAGAUCGGAAAAAGAUUCAGCACCUUUUAGCGCUGGUUGGACCCGACGCAGGCGAGAUCACCUAUUUUCACAGGGAGCCUCCACACAAGGUUACUAUUCCACAAAAGAAACUCCAACCCAGAACACAGGAGUAUGGAAAUGUAGCAAAACCAAGACCUGGAUCAACUAAAGAGGGGGCUAAGAGAUCAUCUAAAAGUAGAGGAGAUGAGACAAAUUCUGAGCAGUACAAGAAGGAUAACCAGACACUUUUACUACAGGUGGAGGCAUUGCAGGCACAGCUGGAAGAGCAGACCCGUCUGGCUAAAGAACAGGUAGAGUCCCUGCUGGAGGACAGACGAAUUCAUGUGGAGGAGGGGCAGGUCCAGCGUCAGAGGGACCAGGAGAGAAUCACUGCAUUAACUGAGAAACUCCAGCGCACACAGAACCUGCUGUACGAGAGCACCAGAGACUUCCUACAGCUGAAGUUUGAAAGUCGAGCCCAUGAGAAGAGCUGGAUGGUGGAGAAGGACAGGCUUCUGAGAGAGAUGGACUCGUGUCAGGAGAGGCUCAGAGAGACACGCAACUCCCACGAGCAGCCAGGAGUCUUUACAACCCCAGUGCUUUUAACUCAACCCACACCAGAGAGCAGCCUGAUGCAUCGUAAUGAGAUCAGGGCACUACAAGAGGAUUUAAAGCAAGCCCACAAGUUAGCAGACAUGUACAGAGAGCAGUGUGUAGGCCUGGAGACUGAUCUGGCACAGAUCCGAGAGGAGGGAGACGUAGGCCAGGAGAUCUUCAAGGAGCGCUCGGACAAAAUGGCCAAGCGGCUCCUGUUAAUGAGUCGGCGUUAUGAAGCUCUGGAAAAGAGGCGAUCCAUGGAGGUGGAAGGCUUUAAGACCGACAUCAAAAAUUUGCGACAGAAACUCAAAGAUGUGGAGAAGCAGCUUUUUAAGGUGACACUUAAUGUGGGGCCAGAUCAGGACUUGGCAAUCCUGCAUGAAGUUCGACAGUCAAACGCUCGCACCAAGAAAAUCCAGGGUGAAAUUAAAAGUCUAAAAGCAAAGAUAUAUACACUGGAGAAUGAACUGAGAUUCAGCUGAAUUUGAAAAUCUUGCCUUUUUCAAUGCAGCAUGAGCUUAAAUUUCACCAAGUAAAACUCGCUUUGGAAAGCUGGAUUGAUUAUGUAAUGAUGAACUGGUUUAUUAUUUAGUAUCAUUAAUGCAUAACAUUUUUAUAUAUAUAUAUGUAUGUAUAUAUGUGUGUAUGACAACAGUCAUGCAGAACAGAGGACUUGAAUGUAGUGUUUUUCAUGUGCAAUUUUUUCCAGCAUUGUGGUUUUUUUUUUUUUGUUUGUUUUUUGACAAGUGAUUUAUUUCAGUAAUUUAUUUAUUUUUGUCAAAUUAAUAAAAAAUUGUUUUGC